CUCAUCCAUCAAAACCCCCACCACUCCCACGCAUAUAUAGUGACCUCCCAUCACUGCGCUCCAACUUCAAUUCUUGAGUACUACUCCUCCUUCCACCAACCUGUAGCUCUUUCCCACUCUUCCUCCGGCCGCCGCCGCCAUGGUUUCAGCUUCCCCUCCUCGCCCUCUUUCCAAGGAAGCUCUCUCAGGCGACAAAUGGAACCGGGAAGAGACCGCCGGCCCGCCCCGCGAAGCCAAAUGGUGGUACUCCACCUUCCACUGCGUCACCGCCAUGAUCGGCGCCGGCGUUCUCAGCUUGCCUUACGCCAUGGCCUACCUUGGUUGGGGUCCGGGGACGAUGGUUCUGCUGGUGUCAUGGUGCAUCACAUUGAACACAAUGUGGCAGAUGAUACAGCUGCACGAGUGUGUGCCGGGGAUCCGGUUCGACCGGUACAUGGACCUGGGCCGGUACGCCUUCGGAGAGAAGGUGGGACCGUGGGUGGUGCUGCCGCAGCAGCUGAUAGUGCAGGUGGGGUGUGACAUCGUGUACAUGGUGACCGGCGGCAAGUGCCUGAAGCAGUUCAUGGAGAUCGCAUGCGCCAACUGCACCCGUCUCCGCCAGUCCUACUGGAUUUGCAUCUUCGGCGGGGUCCACUUCUUCCUCUCUCAGCUUCCCAAUUUCAAUUCCGUCGCCGGCGUCUCUUUGGCCGCCGCAAUCAUGUCUCUGAGUUACUCAACCAUUGCAUGGGCGGGCAGCCUGAGCCACGGCCGAGAAGAGAACGUGAGCUACGGGUACAAGAAAACCAGCGAGGCGGAUUACAUGUUCCGGGUAUCCAAUGCGCUGGGGCAGAUCUCCUUUGCAUUUGCAGGCCACGCGGUGGCGCUGGAGAUUCAGGCCACCAUUCCCUCCACUCCUGAAAAACCCUCCAGAAUUGCCAUGUGGAAGGGCGCCGUCGGCGCCUACUUCGUCAAUGCAAUUUGCUACUUUCCGGUGGCGCUCAUCGGAUACUGGGCGUUCGGCCAAGACGUCGAGGACAACGUCCUCGCCGCCCUCAAGCGCCCUCAGUGGCUCAUCGCCGCUGCCAACUUGAUGGUCGUCGUCCAUGUCAUUGGCAGCUACCAGGUUUAUGCAAUGCCUGUGUUUGCCAUGCUGGAAAAUAUAAUGAUGAAAAGACUAAAAUUCCCACCAGGACUUGCACUCAGGCUCGUCACUCGUUCUGCUUAUGUUGCUUUUACGCUAUUUGUUGGAGUAACUUUCCCUUUCUUUGGAGAUCUUCUUGGUUUCUUUGGAGGCUUUGGUUUCACUCCCACUUCAUAUUUUCUCCCUAGUAUACUAUGGUUGGUAAUAAAGAAACCAAAGAGAUUCAGCAGCAAGUGGCUAAUCAAUUGGGUGAGCAUUUUCAUUGGAGUAUUCAUCAUGCUAGCAUCUACCAUCGGUGGCAUGCGGAACAUCAUCACGGAUGCCUCCACGUACAGUUUCUACACAUGAAUUUUAAUUAAUUAACGAUGUGAUCAAAUUUGUAAUUGAUCAACCGUAGCUAAGGAACUUACCCCAAGUUCCUAAGAUAAGUGCAAUGAUCAAAUUGUUAAAUUCUACUUGUUAGCUCAGAUCUAAACCAAUAAGUUGUACAAUAGAAUUCACUUUCACCAUUAAUUUUAAUUUGGUUGGAAGAUAAA